AUGAGAUUGAAGACGAGAAACUCCUUUUAUCAAAAACCUGACCAUCCAGUCGGGAAUAAAAAAGGAGAUUCUUCGUCAAAUCCACCGCCAACACCAUCGGCAGCAGCUCAACUAGCGCCGCCAGCAGUGGCAACAAUUCCACUGCCGCCACCAGCAGCAGCAACAAUUACACUGCCACCGCCAGCAGCAGCAUCGGCGAAUCCACCGGCAGCAGCAGUAGCGCCGGCGAAUCUACCGCCAGCAACAGCAGCGUCGGCUAAUCCACCACCACGAGAAGAGGAGGAUGAUUCAGAUGUGGAGUACAUUGAUCGGGGAAAUUUUAAUCAGCAAAAUUUCUUUAUGGAAGAAGAAAUUCAAUUCUUUGGUCAGCAAUGGGAAAAUCCAUCUGGCUACUACAGCUUCCCAUUUCCGACGCAAGGAAAUGGAUAUUCAGGUCCUGCACCAACUCCAAUGCGGGGUUGCCAAUUUUCUUCUGCUACUGGAAAUAUUGGAGCACAAUACGGUGUGCCAGGACCAAGUGGUGCUCAACAAUAUUUCCAGCAGCCUAUGAAUACGGCAUAUCCGCCCCAUGGGUACGGUGCAGGAAACUACCCACAAGGAAAUUUUGCUAAUUAUUAUUUCCCCGAUCAACAGCACGUUACACCAGGCUUCCACCCGCAAUGGGGAAGUGUUCCUGAAUCAGGGAAUACCCUAGCAUCAAUUCUUGCAUUGCAGCAAUCUGCAAUGUUGUCUACAAUGCAAGAGAAUUUGUUAAGGGGUUCCCUGUCUCAGGCAACCACAACGAAUACAAGCGCUGCCAAUGCGAGUGGAAGCGUGGUUAACAGCGAAGUUCCACAAGGAAAGCAGGCCCCCAAAAAAGCUGAGGUGGACGUCCAAAAGUCCUCCCAUGGCUCUGCCGUAGUCAUGCGCUCUUCUUGCUGGGGAGAGAACACAUUUGAAGAUACUGCUGUUGAAAGGUUGUAG